AGAGAGGCAGUCGGCUCGUCGCUUACGGAAAGCCGCUUGUUGCACUUUUGCAAGCGCGAGACUUUGGCGACUCACUAGACAGGUCUUCCAUCCAUUUUAAUAGUCACAAUACCUCUCCGGGUAUUAUUUAUCCGUCGCAAGUAGGUCAGGAUGCUGUUGUCCGGGCGCUGCAAGCGUGGCCCGUCUCGAUGUGUUCGCGCCGGGGCCUCCUCUGGUUCGAAUCCUCUCAUUCCUCGGCAUGGACAGCCACAGCUAUCAAGCAUGGGACCGUCGCGGCAACAGCUUGCCUCAGCGCCAAAUGCGGCUUUUGCAGAGCUCGAAGCGCUGCCCGCAGAUGAACCAGCUGCUCCGGCUGCGGUUUCCAAAUGCCCAGUCACACAAAUGAAGAGCGCACUUAGCGCAUUUGUGCGUGACUCUGGAGACCAAGUUGCCGAAACCGGAGCGCCAACCGCAACGCGACCAAUUCCUGGGCCAGCACCGCUCAGUCUGGAAGCACUGAAGGACGUGAGCGUCAUCUUCUUCGAGGGCUUGCACGUGGCACAGCUCAAAUUCAGCGAGAAGUACGGGCCCGUCUGCCGCUUCGCCAACCCCGCCUCGCUCAACGGCGCCACCAGCUGGGUGUUCAUCAACAGCCCAGAGAACAUCCAGCACGUGUGUGCGACCAACGUGCGCAACUACAGCCGCCGCUACCUCCCCGACAUCUACACGUAUGUGACGCACGGCAAGGGCAUCCUGGGCUCGCAGGACGAGUACAAUGCGCGGCACCGGAGGCUGUGCUCGGGCCCCUUCCGCAACAAGUGGCAGCUGCAGCGCUUCUCAUCCGUGGUUGUGGAGCGGUCCAAGCGGCUGGUCGACAUCUUCAGUGCCGCCGCCGCCGCCGACCCGUCCGGCGCCUUCACCACCGACGUGGCCACCCAGACGCAGCGGCUGACUCUGGACGUGGUGGGGCUGGUGGCGUUCAGUCACGACUUUGCGUGCGUGGAGCAGGUGCAGCGGGACCUGGCGGGCGCCACCGCGGGCGACGGGCGCAGCGGCGUGCUGCAGGACCGCGUGCUGUGGGCCGUCAACACCUUUGGCGAGGUGCUGGCGCAGGUCUUCAUCACGCCGCUGCCGCUGCUCAAGGCCAUGGACCGGCUGGGUGCGCCCCACCUGCGGCAGCUGGGCGAGGCGGUGUCCGUCAUGCGGGCGGCCAUGCUGGACGUGAUCGCGGAGCGGCGUGCCUCGCUGGCCGCGGGCGGGCGGGGCCGUGACGACCUGCUGCAGGCGCUGCUCACGGCCACGGAGGAUGACGGCCGGGGCCUGAGCGAUGAGGAGCUGUGGGAGGACGUGCACGACAUCAUGGGGGCGGGGCACGAGACCACCGCCACCACCACCGCCGCGCUGCUGUACUGCAUCAGCGCCCACCCGCAUGUGCGCCAGCGGCUGGAGGAGGAGCUGGAUGCCGUGCUGGCGGACGGCGAGGCGCCCACCUACGAGUCGCUGGAGCGCAUGCCCUACCUGCAGGCCUGUGCCAAGGAGGUGAUGCGCCUGUACCCGGCCAUCCCCGUGUUCCCGCGCGAGGCCGCCCGGCCCGACGUGCUGCCCACCGGCCACGGCGUGGCGGCGGGCGACGUCGUGUUCAUGAGCAGCUACGCGCUGGGGCGCAGCGAGGCGGUGUGGGGGCCGGACGUGCUGGAGUUUGACCCGGACAGGUUCUCUCCCGAGCGCGAGGCGCGGCAGCACCGCUUCCAGUGGCUGCCCUUCGGCGCCGGGCCGCGCAUGUGCCUGGGCGCGUCGUUCGCACAGAUGUCUGUGGCGCUCAUGGCGGCUACGCUGCUGCAGCGCUUCCGCUUCACGCCGCUGGCGCCCUGCUCCCCGCUCAUCCCGGUGGGCUACGACAUCACCAUGAACUUCGGACCCUCGGGCGGCCUGCGCAUGCGCGUGGCGCCCAGGCAGCGCGGGCAGCAGCAGUAGCUGAUGGCAGCAGCGGCAGUAGCAAGGAGCGGCGGUAGCCGCAGGAGCGGGCAGCGACAAUAGCAGGAGGCAGGCGUAGCCAGCAGGCAGCAGGCGGCCAGCCGCGGCGGCUGUAGCAGGACCGGCCGCGGCGGUGAAGCCGUGGCGGCUAGGGUAGGAGCGUUUGGUGGGCAUGGUGUGCGAGGCCAUCGGGCCACGGCUUGAAGGAAGCGGUGUGGGGCAAGGGCUAUACUGGGCCGAAAAGAAAUGGGGGACUGUUGCAACUGGAGCAAAUCCCUGCAGGGACAGCCCGCCCGUACAAGAGAGAAGAAACACGUGUGCUCAACUGCGUACGUACUUGUAUGUCAUGUGCUGUGCUUGUCGUAUGUUCGAUGAUGGUUGAUAUGGGGGCGCUGAGCUGCUGUUUAAACCACAAUGGUCACACGCACACAACACGGAUGUCAUGCCUCAUAAACAACACCGGUCUAGCUGUACGGUAGUAGUGUCAGCAUGAGGUCAAGUGCCAUCCGUGUUUGUCGCUUGUUCCUGUCUUAUGUUAUGUGGAAAAUGUACAAUGACGCAGGGAAUCACUUUUCCUCGCGUGUGCCUUGGCGCACAUCAGAUGCAGCGCAUUGUGGAGGAUGGAGAGGAAGAAAUACUGUACGAGCACCACGCGUGAAGCCUGAACUGUGUUGGGGUUUGGACUUAGUCAGCGGUUGUGAGGGCGGUCAUUGCGACAUAGUUGUAGUUGGGAUUUGGAUUGCGUUUGUGCGUUUGGAUUGGGUUGAUUGGAAGGCUCCACGCGAGUUGGCUUGGGCCGGUGAUGCUGGUGAUCAGGUGAUGGGUUUGGAAGCGUGAGGUCGGGAGCCGUACCCACGACAGUCAGCGGUGUUUGGACACAACCUACUGUGCUAACCCCCGCGCACUACAUUUUUGCCGGAUGCGUGAUAUAUUGUGAUCCCCAAAGCAAAAUUGAAGUGGGGACAUCCGGCGCGCUGGAGGCGUUGUGGUCGUAUGGUGAAUUGCGGGCGGCGGGUUCAGGUUGUCGCCCGAGGCUUGACGAUGAAACAAGAUAAGUGCAUAAUGGUGAACCCUGGUAACAUUGCAGGGUAUACGAGACGUGGCGAGGCAGAAUGAGCAGCACUCAGGCUGGCAAUAAUAGGCGCACGACCGCAUGUGACCACACUCGCAGGCAUGCUGGAGAAUGCCCGUCCGUAUUGGCAGAACACACCGAGCCUGUAUUUUGUAGGCGGCGUGGUGGUAACUUGGAUUGGAUGCAGUGGGGCAGAACUGGUUUGUACAGAGCUAAUGGCCGUACGGACAUGAAUCGCAGCAAGAAAAGUGGCUCUCCCGCUCAAGGAGAUGGGCAGGGAUCGUGAGCAAUUACGGACGUGCGGAUAGAUAGUGUGGACGUGCAGUUCGUUUGGUGGUGGACAGGCGCUGUCCCUAGUGAGUGAGUUCGUGAUUCCGUGUUGCCUUGCCUUGCAAGAGCAGCAGCAGCCGGCGGAGGAGGCGGGCAGGCAUAAGAAUCAGGGCUCCUAUCCAAGUGCCAGACCCCAUGCCCCAAAAUCCCGGCCGGGACCCCCCCUGAGAGGAUGACCGACCCCCCCCCCCCCCACAGACAAAACCUUGUUGUUUAGUGGUUAAAUCCCUCAAUGUAAUACCAAAGUGGU